AUUAUCAAGACCAGUGGACUAAUGAAGAAAUUCAGAUAUUGGAAAAAUUUUUUGACUUAAAGGUGGCCAGUCCUCCUUACAAAGUGAAUGCUCUGACAGCUUUCUGCAGACUUCUUGGUGCACCGGCAUGUAUACUUAGAGACUGUUUGCAAAUCAUGAGACUAGAGUUGAUGCCUGAUCGAAACCUCAAGUGGUCUGUGCAGUGGUGCUUAACCAUACCUCCUGGGGCUCAUCCAAUCAGUGCACCAGCUGGCACUCCAGCUGUUGUGGUAAAGAGCAAAAUGAUAAUCAUGCUUAUGUUGACCCGGAUUGGCCUAAUGUUGUCUUCAAACACCGAACCUCAGUCUGUUAUUGUUCCUCUGCUCUAUGACAUCAAUGCUAAUACAAUACAACUUGUUGAAGCUCGGCCACCUGCCCCUCACACUCAGACUCCUGCACAAAUGGCUAUUGUUUCAAUGUUAAGACGAUUUGCUGAACUUCAUCAAAAUCCUACCGAAUGUGCCAUAUUCCCAUCAGUGCGAGAACUUAUGACUAAUUUAGUAAUUCCUAUUCAGCAGUAAUGCCGAUAUAAACAUUUCCUUCAAACUCCUGUACAAAUGUUUACAAAACACCUCCUUAAGCUGAUUUCCUGUCUCUAAACUAUCCUUGCAACUCAGUCUCCACUUUAUUAUUCUUUGCAGUAAUUAAGUGCAGGCAGGUUACAAUUUUUAAAAUUUAUUUUUAUCCUUCAUGUUUUGAGAUCUGAUUUUCCAUAUUAGCACCAAUUGGAUAGUUCUGCAAGCAUGAAUUGUGAGAGCAAAUAUUUUCCAGACAGAUGCUA